GCCCUCGCUCCGCUGCCGCCAGCCUGCUGCCCCCCGCCAUGGAGGAGGACGUCCCCGCUCACCGCAGCCGCCUGCCAGUCCCAGGUGGUCCCACCAGCCCCAGCCGCAUCCCGGGACCCCCGCCGCGCCGGGACAGCCUCCUCGGAACCCCCUCCACCUCCACGAAGCGGAGCUGCCUCUCGGUGACCCUGCGCCGGGGCUGUGGGGGUCCCCCAUGGGAGCGGCUGCGGAGCCCGGCCCUUGUCACCCUCGUGCCCCCUCGCCCCCGGCCUCUGACGGCUGAGGGACCCCAGCGAUGCGGCGGCCCUGGCGGGGCUGAGGCUGCCCUGGCAGUGAGGAUGGGAGUGCCCAGCUCCCCACCACACUCCGGGCCAGUGGAGAGCAAAACCGAAGCAGCCAUGUCUGAGCUGGUGCCAGAGUCACGGCAAAAACCAGUUGUGCCAAUGAAGCCCAUGGGCAUUAAUGCCAACCUGCUGGGCUACAUCGGCAUCGACACCAUCAUCGAGCAGAUGCGCAAGAAAACCAUGAAGACGGGUUUUGACUUCAACAUCAUGGUUGUAGGUCAGAGUGGGCUGGGGAAGUCGACGCUGGUGAACACCCUCUUCAAAUCCCAGGUGAGCCGCAAAUCUUCAGGCUGGAACCGGGAGGAGAAGAUCCCCAAGACAGUGGAGAUCAAAGCCAUCGGGCAUGUCAUUGAAGAAGGUGGUGUCAAAAUGAAGCUGACAGUCAUUGACACACCAGGGUUUGGGGACCAGAUCAACAAUGAGAACUGCUGGGAGCCUAUUGAGAAAUACAUCAAUGAGCAAUAUGAAAAGUUUUUGAAAGAGGAGGUGAAUAUUGCAAGGAAGAAACGGAUUCCAGACACACGAGUGCACUGCUGCCUCUACUUCAUCUCCCCCACAGGCCACUCCCUGCGGCCUUUGGACCUGGAGUUCAUGAAACAUCUCAGCAAGGUAGUCAACAUCAUCCCAGUGAUUGCCAAGGCUGACACCAUGACCUUGGAGGAGAAGACUGAAUUCAAACAAAGAGUGCGCAAAGAGCUUGAAGUAAAUGGGAUCGAGUUUUACCCCCAGAAAGAAUUUGAUGAGGACUUGGAGGAUAAAACAGAGAACGACAAAAUCAGGCAGGAAAGCAUGCCCUUCGCUGUAGUGGGCAGUGACAAGGAGUACCAAGUGAAUGGCAAAAGAGUCCUGGGCAGGAAAACACCUUGGGGAAUCAUUGAAGUGGAAAACCUCACUCACUGUGAAUUUGCCCUGCUUCGAGAUUUUGUCAUCAGGACCCACCUUCAGGACCUAAAAGAAGUGACUCACAACAUCCACUACGAGACCUACAGGGCCAAGAGGCUGAAUGACAACGGAGGGCUGCCCCCCAUGGCUGUCGAGACAGAGGAAAACCACGAAAGUAACCUGUGAAUGAGCCCUCCCCUGCUGCCACCCAGCGUCUGCUGGACACCACAGCCUACCCCUGCUACCCCUGACUCUACCAUGGACCUGUCUCUGAAGCACGUGGUGCAUCCUCUGCGUGAGUGAGAGGAUGAGAGCAUGAGUGUGUGAG